UGAUCAUCCGACAUGGGUCAGUUGGACGAAUAACUGCCUUCACGUGAAGGAACAAUGACAAAACAGGACGACAUAGUUACUGGUUGAAAUGAGUGAACAUCCUCACCUGACCUUGCUUUGAGUCAACCCCAACGUGUGCGGAGGCGCGGGCUCACCGCCUCCGUUCCCCGUGAUCCGUACUUGCCUGGCGGCCUUAUCAGCCCGUACUUCUCUCUUCCAUGACGCGGGGCUGGCUGCCUUUUGUCAUCAGCCUUUUGUCAUCACCGUUCAUCCUCCUUCCACCCUUGUCUCAUCUGUCUAUCCAUCCGUACAUCGAUUCAACCAUUUAUCAACCUUUUCCACUCCUUUCCAUCGCUCUUAUAGUAUCUUGGACAUCGUCCCUGCUUAGGAUCACCUUAUCGCAACUCCCGGUGUCUUCCCGAUCUCUAUAGGUCUCACUCUCCCCACUAAUCGCUCCGAUCCCUCAUCAACAUGCGUUCCAAGUUCAAGGACGAGCACCCUU